AUGGCAAGCAAAAAUUCUAGUGUUUCAUGGCUUCUUCUACUUGGCCUUUCUUUUAUUCUGCUUAUUAUCCUAGCUCAAGCUUCUGAUGAUGAUCGAAAGGGGUUUUCUUAUUUCAUCAUGGCACCUGAACUGUGUGCAACAUUAGCCAAACCUAAGUUGAACAUGAAUAUGAGUUCGACUCAAAUGUUAACUCGGGCAUACAUUGUGUAUAUGGGUGAUCGGCCAAAGGGUGAUCUCUCAGCAUCAUCCCUACAGACGAUCCAGCAAGCUCUUGGCAGCAAUUCAUCAGCAUCACUACUCUACACUUAUAAGAGGAGCUUCCAUGGAUUUGCCAUGAAGUUAACAAAGGAGGAGAUGCUAAGAGUGGCUGCUAUGGAUGAGGUGGUUUCUGUGUUCCCUAAUGGAAAGAAGCAGCUCCACACGACAAGGUCUUGGGACUUCAUGGGUUUCUCCCAACGAGUCAAGAGAACAACUGUAGAAAGUAACAUCGUCGUCGGAAUGUUCGACACCGGAGUUUGGCCGGAGUCUGCUAGCUUCAGUGAUAAGGGAUUUGGUCCCCCGCCAAGGAAAUGGAAGGGCACUUGCCAAACCCAAUCCAAUUUCACUUGUAACAAAAAAAUUAUUGGAGCACGAUACUAUCGUAGCGAUGGAAGGUUUGGUGCAGAAGAUCUUAGAUCUUCAAGGGACUCAAAGGGCCAUGGAACACACACUGCAUCAACCGUAGCUGGAGGCCUAGUGAGAAUGGCAAGCCUAAUGGGGCUUGGACUGGGAACAGCUAGAGGCUGCGUUCCAUCGGCUCGUAUUGCUGUGUACAAAGUAUGCUGGUCUGAUGGUUGUUAUGAUGCUGAUAUUCUUGCAGCAUUUGAUGAUGCCAUUGCUGAUGGUGUUGAUGUUAUAUCGAUUUCAAUUGGGUCGUUUGGUACCAUAGAUUAUUUCAGUGAUUCAAUCGCGAUAGGAGCUUUUCAUGCCAUGAAGAAUGGGAUAUUGACCUCAACCUCGGGUGGUAACGAUGGUCCGAGUGUUGGAACUAUUGAAAAUUAUUCACCCUGGAUUCUAACUGUUGCUGCUAGCACCACAGACAGAAAAUUCUUAACUAAAGUGAAACUUGGUAACAAGCUGGUUUAUAAGGGAGUUUCAAUAAACACUUACAACCCCAAAAACUCAAUAUAUCCUAUGAUCUAUGGAGGCAAUGCACCAAAUACUACCGGAGGUUUUGAUGGUUCCUUAUCCAGGUACUGCGAUGAAAACACGUUGGACUCGAGUUUAGUGAGAGGUAAAAUUGUUCUUUGUGAUAGUAUUGGUGACGGGGAGGCACCACUGUUGGCCGGAGCAGCCGGGACUGUGAUGCAAGAUGGGGACAGCAAGGACGUCGCGUUUUUGUUUCCUUUGCCAACAACUUACCUUGGUGUCAAAGAUGGUGCCAAAGUUUUCAGCUACAUCAACUCGACAAGGAAACCAACUGCAACUAUAAUGAAGAGCAAUGAGGUUAAAGAUACACUGGCACCAUAUGUGGCCUAUUUCUCAUCUAGGGGACCAAACCCUGUUACACGUGACAUUCUCAAGCCAGAUAUAACAGCCCCCGGAGUUGACAUUCUAGCAGCAUUUUCACUACUUGCCUCACCUUCAGAAGUAGAAGGUGACAAAAGAAGAGCAGCAUACAACUUUAUGUCUGGGACUUCUAUGGCUUGUCCACACGUCACUGGGGUAGCUGGCUAUAUCAAAUCUUUUCAUCCCUCGUGGUCUCCUGCUGCCAUUAAAUCUGCACUUAUGACUACUUGUGAGUUACAUGUAACCCUCAAAACUUUUAUACUAACCCCAAAACAAAUUCAAUAUAACUCCCUAAGUUAUGUUUUCAUUUCAGCCAUUCCGAUGAGUGUUGCAACAACCCCAGAUGCCGAAUUCGCUUAUGGCGCCGGCCAUGUAAAUCCUAUAAAAGCUCCACAUCCUGGUUUGGUAUACGACGCACACGAAAUUGACUACAUAAAGUUUUUGUGUGGGCAAGGUUACCGCACCACGGCUUUACGGCUCGUCACUGGAGAUAAGAGCACCUGUUCUAAAGCCAGAAAUGGAACUGUCUGGGAUUUGAACUUACCUUCAUUUACCCUUUCUACCUUGCCUGCGAAAUCUUUUGGUCAGAUCUUCCGCAGGACUGUAACAAACGUUGGAUCACCGAGGUCGACUUAUCAUGCUAGAAUUAGAGCCCCACGAAAACUGAAAAUUAAGAUUAAUCCAGCAGUAUUAUCAUUCACUUCUCUUGGGCAGAAGCUGUCGUUCACAGUGAAGGUUGGAGGAAGAUCAAUACGCAGGAACUCCACAACCUCCGGUUCUCUGGUGUGGGAUGAUGGGAGGCAUCAAGUGAGAAGUCCCAUUGUUGUCUAUUCUCUCUCCGGAUAA